UGAGAGGAGUAUUUGAAUUUGCAUUGCAUGCUUCGGCCACGGCCUGUCGGCAAGCUCCCUCCUGAGAACUACGGUGGACGCUUGCUCGGUUCCUCCGUGGUUGGCGCCCCCCGCCUCCAGCUUAGAAGUCUGCAGUCAUGGACCUCAAACAGCGACACAAAGCCAAUAAAAGCUCUCCGCCGUCCCAGAGAUCAGGGGUGACAGAUAGGUCAAGCCAACGUCUGGAAGAGCCAAAGCCUCCGUACAACACCAGUCCGGCUGCUCAUGCGACGGACCCCUUGAACUCGGUAUCGGGAGGUGUCUCUCAUGGCAAGCUCAAAACGGCCAUACGGAAUGUCCUCUUGCCGUGCAUUCUGUGGGAAACACACGUUAUUGCAGCGUUGCAAGCGAAAAUCCGCUGCCGUCCCGUCGAUGCCUUUUUCAAGUACUUGGGAGCUCUGGGCACCCACACCGCCUUCUUGCUCGGUCUGCCUUGCUUGUUUUGGUUCGAAAGCGGGAACACUCUGGAGAUACAUGGACAAAGUGUGGACGUGAACAGGGUCUAUGGACGGUCUCUGGUUGUCCUCCUGGCUGCAGGGGUUUACGUAUCUGGAGCGAUGAAGGACUGGCUGGGUCUCCCUCGCCCUUUGGCUCCUCCGGUGAUCCGGUUAUCCACAUCAGCCUCGAUCGAUGUGGAAUACGGUUUCCCAUCCACGCACACCGCCAACGCAGUCUCGUUAUCGCUUUAUACAGCGCUUCACUUCCAUAGAUAUAUCGCCGACGGCUGGUCCGAAUCUGGACAGACAUUUGUAUAUUACGCAUUGGCAACCUACGCAGCGCUGAUCGCACUUUCGAGAUUGCUGACUGGCAUGCACACGGUGGUGGAUAUCGUGGGUGGGGCGAUCAUUGGCGUGGGACUUGUGUUGGUGCAUUGGUGGUGGAUUGUGGAGCCUAUGGAGGAAUGGCUGAUGACAAGCUGGACGGUUCCUCUGGCGGUAGUUCCACUCUGUGUCAUCCUGAUAAGCAUUCACCCGGAUCCUGAGGGCCCAUGUCCCUGUUUCGACGACUCUGUUGCCUUUGUCGGCACCCUCGGAGGCCUCUUGAUCGGAAACUGGCACUGGUCGAUGUACAACCCCGUUCCCCCUCCAACGCCAAACUCACAUGUGGUCCUGCUCGUUCUGGAACGCCUGACUUGCGGCAUAGGGCUGAUCGUUGUAUGGCGAGUCGUCACAAAGCGGAUAUGCUACAAGAUCUUACCGCCCCUAUAUCGACUCCUAGCCCUUCCUUUUGGAAGAAAGUUCUUUUCUCUUGCAGACAAGGACUACAACUCCAUCCCGUCGGAGCACGUCAGCUUUGCACCUUCCCUAUUACACCUUUCACAAACCGAAGCCAUGCGAUUCAGGCUUCCGCGCUACGACGUCGACAUUGCAUCCAAGCUGAUUGUAUACUGCGGAAUCGGAUGGAUCGCCGUGGAGGUCGCGCCAGUGGUCUUCACGCUGUUACAUAUCUAGAGGCAGAGACCACCUAGGCCUCGCCCGGUUAUUGCUUCCAGCGAUACCUA